AUGUCACCCAUGCCCGUUUUCCUCAUCACUGGCGCCUCCUCUGGCUUCGGCGAAGCCAUCGCAUACGACGCACUCGCGCGGGGCCACCACGUCAUCGCAACGGCACGCAGCACAGCCAAGCUGAGCGCGCUCAAGUCGGCGGGCGCCACUGUGCUGGCGCUGGACGUGACCAGUGACGAAGCGACGCUGGCGGCCAUUUUCCGCGAGGCACACGCCGUCCACGGCCGUAUCACGCACGUUGUUAACUCCGCGGGGUAUUUGUUAGAGGGGGCCGUUGAGGAGGCUAGGGGUAGUGGGAAGGAGGUGUUUGAUCUCUUCAACACCAACGUGCUGGGAACGUGUAAUAUUGCCCGGGUUGCGGCACCGUAUCUGCGUGAGGCGGCUAAGGAGGACGGGCAGAUGGCGGCGCUGGCGACGUUUGGAAGCUUGGGAAGUUGGUUGUCCGCCGCAGCGGCUGCUCAUUACUGCAGCACCAAGUUCGCCGUGAGCGGGCUGACCGAGGGCUUGGCGGAAGAGUUCCGGCCUUUCGGGGUCGACGUCUGCUGCGUGGAGCCGGGAUACACGCGCACGGCGAUCCUGGCGAACGGGGCUGAUGGCGUAAACCAUCGGGUGAAGACGGCGCGGCAGUUGGACAUCUACAUGCACCAAGACACGGACGCGGCCAAGAUGCGCGCAGCUAUCGAUGCUUACAAUGGCAACCAACCAGGCGACGUCGUCAAGUGCGCCAAGGUCAUUGUUGACGUGUUGACCAAAGAGGGCGUCGCCAAGGGGAGGGCGGUGCCUGUGCGUUUGGUUCUGGGCUCGGAUUGCCUCGAGGUUGUGCGCGCAAAAUCAGUAUUCAACAUUCAGGUCUCCGCCCAAUCUGCAGUUGGGGGCUCGGUAGCUGUGACAAACUCGAUUGGCGCUGAGGCUUGGCACCCACAUGCCACUCACCAUCAGGCUCGCGUGCCCCACGCUCAUAGCAUCUGCACGCGCAAGCAGCGGGCGGUGCAUCACUUUCACCAGUGCCGCCCAGCCGAGUCCUCAAGGACGCCGGCGUAUACAAAGUGCAUUAACCGCGAUAUUCAUCGACCGACCAUGAACCCCACUAAUACCAAGCCCGAUACGCCGUCGAUGCACGAACAUGUGCAAGCCCCGGUCACCCCGCCAUCGCCAGUGACCCCUCCAGACAGCCCCCACAGAGGACCAAAAUCACAACGCUCACUGUCACAGGGCUCCGCCGGUUCAACACAGUCGGCACGGAGUCGCCAAGAGUAUUUGGACUCGCUGGUACCGCCAACGAAGGAGGAAUUUGCCCAUAUUGCAGAAACACAAGCCAAGCGCGAGGCCGAGCAGAAACGCGCCCAACGCCACAGACAGCGGCAGAGUAUCAACUCUAUAUUGGGACCUCCAUCUCCUUCGAGGCCUCAACCCCAACCACAAACCCACCAUAUACCCCUUGCCAGCCGGCUUGGCUUUGGGUUUGGUCGCCCCCGCGGCAACAGCGACGAUGGGCUCCGCAAUAGGGCUGCGACAGUCAUACAGCGCACAUACCGUGGCUACCGCACCCGCCGAGAGAUUCAGGGGCUGGGUAUCGAUGCGUCGACACGUUGGACAUAUGCCGUGCGUGAGGCGCAAUGGAGAGACAUGACCACGCCCCGUGCCAGGGGCGCCUCGAUCACCAACGGGGUGGCCUCCCCUGAACGGCCGGGAACUGCGAGCGGCCGGCCGCUGUCAACAGCACGACAGAAUUGGAAGAAGGUUUCCGCCAUUGCCCGGCAUGCCGGGAACGACCUCGACGCCGACACCUCCUCCAGUAGCUGCUCCGACUCUGACCCGGAUUCGGGCGAGCAAAGGAAGGAGGAACGCAAGCGGCGGGAAGAGGCCAAGGCGCGCCGCAAACAAACCGCAAAGAUGAUGGGCCUGCAAUACUUCCUCGAGAUGAUUGACCUCAAGCACCGCUACGGCUCCUUCCUGCGCGUUUACCACGAGGAGUGGAAGCGCGCCGAGACCAACGAGAACUUUUUCUACUGGCUCGACUACGGCGAGGGCAAGAACCUCGACAUCGAAGCCUGCCCUCGCGAACGCCUCGACCGCGAGCAGGUUCGCUACCUCUCGCGAGAAGAGCGCCAGUACUACCUCGUCAACGUCGACUCCGAGGGCCGUCUCUGCUGGGCAAAGAACGGCGCGCGCAUCGACACCACUGAGAAAUGGAAGGACUCUAUCCACGGCAUCGUCCCCAGCGACGACCCAACCCCCGCCUACACCCCCUUAGGGGAAAACCAGACCACCCUCCUCGGCGACACAACCACCGACUCAUCCCCGUCCCCCACCGCCACAACCACCACCACAACCACUUUCUCCUCCUCUUUCUCCUCCUCCUCGAUCACCUCCGCCAACGCAACACGCUACGCCUCCUCCCUCCCCCCCACCGCCCCCACCAAACAACGCAUAUCCCACCACCUCUCCGGCGCCACCAUCCUCAACAAACUCCUCCGCAAAACCGUCCGCAAAAACACCUGGAUCUUCGUCGCCGACACCUCCUUCCGGCUCUACGUCGGCAUCAAAAACAGCGGCGCCUUCCAGCAUUCCUCCUUCCUCCAAGGCAGCCGCAUCUCCGCCGCGGGCCUCGUGCGCGUGCGCGACGGCCGCCUGACCUCGCUGUCCCCGCUCAGCGGGCACUACCGCCCGCCCGCGAGCAACUUCCGCGCCUUUGUGCGCGCCCUGCGCGAGGCCGGCGCCGACAUGAGUCGCGUGUCGGUCAGCAAGAGCUACGCGGUGCUGGUGGGGCUGGAGGCGUACGCGAAGGCGAGGGGGAAGGCGGGGGAGGUGUUGGGAAGGGUGAGGGGGAGGGGGAAGGGGAAGGGGUUGGGGAAGGGUGGUGGUGGGAAGGCGGGGGCGGAGGAAGGGUUGGUUGUACCCGAGCCUGAGCCUGAGCCGGGCCCGCGCGUGGUGGACGCUGAGAAGCGGCUGGAAAGGGGAGGAGCUGCGUCGAAAGGGGAGGGAGACGACGAGGCGCAACAACAAGAAAAGCAGCAAGAACAACAGCGACAACAACAAAGAGAAGAAGACAAACUGCGCUCCGAAAACAAGCUCGCCGUUGAUGUCCUACAGAAAAUGAACCUCGGCGCCAAACCGAUCGAACCCAAGGGGCAAAAAGGGGGCGGGGAUGACCAGUAG